GUGUAUAAAAGCCCAGCUGAGAGGCAGACGCCACACUGGAGAAACAUUUUCAAACAGGCCAAAGUCAGCAGCUCUUUAUCACAGCAACAACAACAAGCCCUAAACACAGCAGCCAUGGCCGAGAGACGGAUUCCGUUCACGAUGCUCCGCACCCCGAGCUGGGACCCUUUCCGUGACUGGCACCACAGCCGCAUAUUUGACCAGGCCUUCGGCAUGCCGGCCGCGCCGGAGGACAUCGCCGCAUUCCAGGGCACCCACUGGCCGGGGUACAUGCGGCCCCCCAUCCUGGCCCCAGACAUGGGCGUCAUGAUGCCCCACAGCCCCAUGAUGUAUCCUGGUGCCUUGAUGGCCCAUCAGGCACGUGCCCUUUCCCGCCAGGUGAGCAGCGGCGUGUCGGAGGUCAAGCAGACCCAAGACAGCUGGAAGGUGUCGCUGGAUGUCAAUCAGUUCUCCCCUGAGGAGCUGGUGGUGAAGACCAAGGAUGGUGUGGUGGAGAUCACUGGCAAGCACGAGGAGAGGAAAGACGAGCAUGGCUUUGUGUCCAGAAGCUUCACCAGGAAAUACACCCUCCCGUCCUCCGCUAACGUCGAGCAGGUGGUCUCCUCUCUGUCUCCCGAGGGCGUGCUCACUGUCGAGGCUCCUUUGAUCAAACCAGCCAUCGAGUCGUCAGAGAUUACGAUACCCGUCACUGUGGACAACAAAGGUGGUGUGGUGAAGAAGUAGGAGGAAAGAGCGGGGUGGAGAUGAAAGAACGAGGGAUUACCCUGGCCUCCCCCUCUGUCUGAGGUGAUGAGUUAAACCCAGCACUGUGUAAACACGUCUUUGCACACUUGAGCUUUGCCUCCUUUCUCUCCACCACACCUUCCUCACAUCACCUCCAUGCUGCCUUCACAAACUAAAGACAAGAGCAAAGUGGACAAUGACGGCAGGGAUCAUACCAUCAAGUGUUUUUUUCUAUGUGCCCCCCCUCCCCCCGACUGGAAAUAGACUGUUCCAUCUACAGUUGCCUUUGGAAGUUGAACUAUUCAGUUAACCAAAUAAAGAACAGUAAACACA